UAUAUCUUCACUGGACAUUUACAUUGUUGCCAUUGUCAUUGCUGUUUUAUAAUCAUUCAGCUUUUUUUUCCUCCAUAUCGAAUAGCUGUCAAUGUCAUCUCUCAUGUCACUUGCACUUGGAAUUUUGCUCUGACUCAGAAGCACACGUGUUUUCAACCAUUAAAUUUAAUUUCCAACGAAAAUAAUCUGAAGAAAAUCGAAUAUUUCUUGCUGUCUUGAACUUAAGGAGUGUUUCAAAAUGGUCGCAAUGGUCGGUGACGACAAAACCGAGCAAAUUGGAAAACUUUUGAACGACACAAAUCGUCCGUUGAAGGAGCGAUUUCGAGCAUUGUUUACAUUAAAGAAUUUGGGUGGUCCAGUUGCAAUCGAAGCAAUUGCCAAGUGUUUUGCAGAUAAUUCAGCAUUAUUAAAACAUGAGCUUGCCUAUUGCUUGGGUCAAAUGCAAGAUUCUGCAGCCAUUCCACAUUUGGUGAAAGUCCUCGAAGACAAAUCACAGGAACCAAUGGUGAGGCAUGAAGCAGGUGAAGCGUUGGGUGCCAUAGGUCAUCCAGACGUUAUAGCAAUUUUGGAAAAAUAUCGACAUGAUCCAGUUGUUGAAGUGGCUGAAACAUGUGAAAUUGCUUUGGAUCGUGUAAAUUGGCUGCUUUCAAAACCACAGAACGUAAAGGACGACAACCCAUAUGCUUCAGUGGAUCCAUCGCCGCCGGCAGAUUCAAAAGAUAUUGCCAAACUCACAGAAAUCCUCCUAAACGAAGAUGAAAAAUUAUUCGAGCGAUAUCGUGCUAUGUUCAGCCUAAGAAACAUCCAAACAGUUGAAAGCAUAAAUGCAUUGGGGAAAGGUUUGAAAUGCAAAAGUGCAUUAUUCCGCCAUGAAAUCGCUUUCGUACUAGGUCAAAUACAAAACGAGUGCAGUAUUAAAGUUCUGACAGAAAAUUUACAAGAUGAACAUGAAAACGAAAUGGUUCGACAUGAAUGCGCCGAGGCAUUAGGCGCCAUUGCUACAGAUGAUUGCAUUAAAAUCUUGAACAAGUAUUUGAAUGAUGAGAAACAAGUGGUGAAAGAAAGCUGCGUCGUUGCACUGGACAUGUGUGAAUAUGAAAAUAGCCCGGAAUUUCAGUAUGCAAACGCCUUGGCCACAGUACAGUGAACGAAAUGUAAAAGAAUCACAAGUUUGCAAGUUUGUUGACUAAGUUAACUGAUCGUUUAUUUUUAUUUUUUUAUAAUAUAAUAUAAUACUAUAAUAUACCGACCACCACAAAUAAAACCCAUUGAAACCAA